AAUAAAUCAUUUUCAUUAGCGAAGGAGACGCGACAGAGAGCGAAAGGCGGUGGAAGAGAACAAAACUGGUGCACAGAUUGAUGAGGACAGAACAAGUCUUUCAAUUCUGGGGCUAAAUACCGAUAAAUACAAAAAGCUGUCUACUUUAAAGAAGAAUCAUAUACAUGAAAUUAGAAAAGAGCAAAAGGAACCGACCAAAAUUCCCAAUCAGAACAACGAAAUUGAGAGAACCCCAAAAAGCAAAAGAGAGAAAUUUGGAUACAGUAUAAGUGAAUGAGUGAGAAUCAUGUGAUCCACCACCUCCUUAUCUAUCAUCCAAAAGACACAUAAUAAAUUUGUAUACCAAGAAACCAAUCCUUUUGUUUUUGUUUUGGGUACUGCUCUUCUACUGAUAUUUUUUUCUCUUUUCGAUUUGAAGAGCUUCUUCCUCUGUUUAGUUUUUCAUCAAUGGCUUCAACUGCUUCGAGGUUCAUCAAGUGUGUGACUGUGGGAGAUGGAGCUGUUGGCAAGACCUGCAUGCUUAUUUGCUACACAAGUAACAAGUUUCCUACUGAUUAUAUACCCACUGUGUUUGAUAACUUCAGUGCAAACGUAGUAGUUGAAGGAACCACGGUCAACUUAGGCCUCUGGGAUACAGCUGGACAAGAAGAUUAUAAUAGAUUAAGGCCCUUGAGUUACAGAGGGGCUGAUGUUUUCGUGUUAGCUUUCUCCCUGGUUAGUCGGGCAAGCUAUGAGAAUAUACUUAAAAAGUGGGUUCCUGAGCUUCAGCAUUAUGCUUCAGGAGUCCCAGCAGUACUGGUUGGCACCAAAAUGGAUCUUCGUGAGGAUAAGCACUAUUUGGCUGAUCAUCCGGGAUUGGUACCUGUGACCACUUCACAGGGAGAAGAACUGCGCAAACAGAUUGGAGCAGCAUAUUAUGUUGAAUGCAGCUCAAAAACUCAACAGAAUGUGAAGGCUGUUUUUGAUUCAGCGAUCAGGGUAGUUAUCAAACCACCACAGAAACAAAAAGAGAAAAAGAAAAAGCCAAAUCGAGGAUGCCUAUUAGAUCCCUUAUGUGGAAGGAGGCUUGUGUGUCUCAGAUGAACACAGCUUUCAUCUGAAUGUCACACAGUCUCAGUGGCAGUUCGAAUUUUCUAAUCUUAUGUUCGACCAACGGUGGUGAAGAUAUCAUCCUUGUAUACUAAUCUACAUGUAUUGAUUUUGAAAGCUCAGCAACAUUUCUACAUGUUCUUUCACCCUUCGUAUGCUCUACUGACUCUGUCCAUGGUGUCUUGAUAUUUUGGUUUAAGAAUUAAGAUUCUAUUUGGUUUAAUUUUAUAGUAAAAUUUAUUUGAUUUGUAAAUAAAUUUCGUGAUAAAAUUUAUUUACGGAUAAAUUUUUUUA